GAAACAAUGGACCACUAGGAACACGACUGAUCUAUUGUAAUCUCGAUUUUGUGAUCUCUAUCAGACAGUGUUUUAUUUUAGGCUUCUUGUAUCUCAGGCUGAAUUUACAUCUAUUCACAAAUCAUCUGCAGUAUUUAACAUAUUAAGACUAAAUAAUUGAUUUUUGAGACUGUGGAUAAAUUCAUUAAUUUAUUUCAAUAAUUCAUUGUAACAAAUUUUAGGCAGUAUUCAAUACUGUUUUCUUUAUAACAACAGGGAUGGACUUUAGCAUAUAUAAUCAAAUGCAGCUUUAUGUGAUCUUUUUUUUGUUUUGUAACUGAUUUUAUUCAAUUAUAGGUAAGAAACUUAUAUGAUAGUAUGCCACAUCGAUUCAUUUAGUAUAAUUUAUGCGUCCAAAGGUUGUGAAUUUUAAUUGUAAUAGAAAAGUCCUCCCUGUUGGCUACCCACCUCCAUUCACUAUCUUAGUAUACGAUUUUGAAAUAUUUACUUGGUAUUAUAUAAGAACUAUCUUUUUGAUUUUAUACUAAAAUUAUUUUACUGAUACAGUGUAAACACUUUUUCAUCAUUUGUUACAUCGAAAUCUGUUGAAAUUAAGAUAAUUUUCCUAAUUUUCUAAAUGUUACUAUAUAUGAUUCAAAUGACGCAUGCGAUUGUUUCUCUACUGCAUUUAAACAUAAAUCAAACAUGAAAAUGCUCUACUACUUCAGAUUCUUUAAAGUGUUAACACUGUACGUCUUUCCCCAAUUAUAUUUAAGGUUUAAGAUUUUUAAUUCUCGUACUUAAUAUUUGAUUCUUAAAUAAAGAGAACAUUACUAUAGAUAAUAAAUGUAGUACAGUUUUCCUUGCCAAUAUUUUUUGUACUUAUUUCUUCUACUCCCAACUGACAGAAAAAGAAGAGUGCGCCUAGCACAUAUAUGUCAUGUAUGUAUAGAGCUCAGUGGCCUAGCACGAAUAUUUAUGACAAGCGUCAUUGUACAGUCGUCGACAAACUUAUUAUAAUGUGUGCCAGUUUAUUCCUCUAUGAAUAAAUUACAUCAAUCUGUCGCGUAUUCACAUAACAGCGGUCAGUGGCUAUUUCAAUAGCCACUAUAGUCCUCCCAUUGCACACUACUAUCAGUAAGAGGUUAUGAAAUGGCUUCCCGAAAAAAAAAAUGGACUGGUCCCUUUUACAAUUUCUACACUUCCAUUGCAAUUUAUGACCUGCGUUUCGUAGAAAUUCUUUACUUGAUUUGGGUAUAUCAAUUUAAAUAUUAGCAAAUAAACUAACAUUUUUAUGGAAUUUCGAAAUUAUAAAAGUGGUAACAUUAAACCAUGUAUCCGCCGCCUAUUUAAAUGGAUAGGCAAUACCUCGGAAAUGACAGUUUUCUGUUCGUUUCUUUACCACCUCUACGAACUGCAACAGUCAGAUUCUAAAUGGCGAAGAUCAAAUAGGAACAAAAUAGCACAGUUUAUAGCCUUUCCAUGUAUGGAGUUCAGUGGCCGUAGAUGAAGUGUCGUUUUGUGUUAUUUAGUAUCAAUAAAUUAAAUAAUCGCGGUAGUAAAGAAAUAUUUUGUUAAGUAAGCCAAUAAUAAUGUCUGAAGAAGAGGUAACUUGGACUGGUGAACGAAGAAAUAAAGAUUUACGGACGUUUCCUAGUUGUUCUAGUUUUGAUUUAUUAGAUCCACAUGACCCUGUCCUUAGUCGAUUAGCGACGCAGAUGUUUAAGCGCACCAACGACUAUCUUCAAGGGGAAAUUGCCACAGGACAGGAACAUUAUGAUCUCUUAGAAGAGAUUAAUAGAACAGUAAUCAUAAAAUAUGCAGAUCUUCAAUCUCUUGCAGUAAAUAUAACCAAGUCACUAAAUGAGAGCAAUGAAAAAUAUGAAACUGAAGUAAAGCCACUGCUUGAGCAAAUUGAAGAUAUACAUAUUGAACUGUCUGCACUAGAAGCCACAGCUUUCCGUUUGGACAGCUACACUAAACAGCUUUUGGGGCGUUUCAUAGAACUCCUUGGUAUUGAUAAUCACAGUGCCUAAAUGUAAUUUUUUCCUUAUUAAGUGAAUAUAUUUAAAUGAAAAGCACCCAUAAAUAACAUAAUGUCUGGGUUAUAAGUCUGGAUCCAAUGGGCCACACAGUUCUUGACCUAACUUUUUUCAAAAAGCACUUUGGUCAAAAAGCAAUCGCCAGCACCGCCUGUCUUCCAUCUGCUGUCUAUUACGUAGGUAUUUUAUUGCUUUUCCUAUUCCGCUUAAAUUUUGUAAAAGACAAGCAAGGCUUAUUAUAUAAAUUAUAAUUUAAAUAGUAAUGGUGUUGUAAUUACUUUUUUUUUAAUUAAUUAAAGCCCUAUUUCCAAACAUUAAAAAUCCAAGUUUUUCAAGUCUCUUGUCAAUCAGCCAUCCUAUUUUUAUUUAUAAUAACAUAUUUACUUUUGUAAAAUAAGGAACAACAAAAAAACUAUUAGUAAAUUCAUAAUUUUUACAUUUGAAGUUGAGUGUAACAAGAUCUAUCCACUGAAGGCUAAUGAUUAGUUCUUACGUCUUAAUCUUUUAAGUUUAGAUAAGUUUUUGCUUAAUUAUUUAUUUAACGCAGUAAUUUGUUAGUAUU